AGACUUUGGCUUAGAUUUAGGAAGGGGCAACGGAUUCCCGCGAUCAGGACAUAGACACGGCCCGUGCGGACUUGGAGAGCUAUGGAGGUUUUGAGUUGAGUACGUUGCCAUUAGAUCCCACAAGAAUCGACAAGCUGACAUACUUAUUUGAGACGGGAAGAUGCAAGAACUCUGCUGCGACAUUUUACUGUGGGCCAGUCGACAGUGAAGAGCGGCUUGAUCAAGGUGCAAAUUUCCUUGCAAGGUGGAAAGACAAAUAUGCAUCUUGUUUCUGACGCGCUCAGCGCGAAUCCUUCACACGGGCUGUGCGGCCCAGAUUAGAUCAGGUCGAGACAAGCAUGCCCACAUUGCAAGAAUCCUUAGGGAUUUUGUUGGACAGGGGGGGCGACAAUUCGUUCCCCUGGAUCAUUCCCUCCUGUGCGCGGUCGCUGAUUGGGUCAUUGGCCUUGCCCAAGGAUGCAGUUUCAAGCUUCACCGGAUUGAAAUUUAAGACGGUCAGGCAUCCAAAGUGAUGACGUAGCACUGGCCGGCGUUGUGACGAGCAGGUUGUCACGAGAGGCCCCGAUUGGUCUUUCAGCAUUCCUUGGGAUUGUAAAGCAACCCAGCUGCAGAAGGCACAUGGCGCUGCCACCAGGCGCAGCAGACCAUGUUCAUGUUGCAGCGGGUGGAGGGCUCGGAACUGUUUUCGCAUGUGUUCAAUCUUUGGUCUUUCCUCACAACAUAGCCUGAAGGGCAGUGACAGCAAAAAUUGACCACGGAAAUUAUUCAAGAAACGCGGGGCGUGCUAAUCUCAGCAGUGCAGCGGGGCUAUUAGUUCAAGCCUUGGUGCAGAACUCCUUGAACUUGGAGGCGGUUGAGGAAGCACUUCGUGACCAGAAGGGGAACUACUUCAGGGAAAUUUUCAACCGCAUCAACGUCAUGGCAAAGGACCCAUAGUUUUUUUGGACGAAGGAAAUGAGCAGUAGGGAUUGCUCACCCCACAAGAUGACUGGCAACAAAAAUAAAUCGUAGGUUGGAAAAAACGACCUUCUGAAAGAUUCCACAGCCGACCUCACCGACUCCGGGCGAUGACUAUAACGCGGACAAUGUGAGUUGGGCAUUUGAAGAUGUUGGAUGGCAUGGUUAUUGUCAAGGCAGCUCUGGGCAGUGGCUGGAGACUGAUGGCUCUGGUGUUUACUGAAGUCUGAGUUUACUGGAGCCUGACACCAAAAACAGCAUCGAAAAUUGAAAAUACACAUGCAACCUCGCAUGUUUACGGGAACAAAAAGGGAUGAGCGAAGUUCUUUCUUGUGCACAUGAAGGGCACAAAAAGACGCAAGAACGGCAAACACUUCCGACGUCCAUCGUCAUGGAACUCUACUACUUUACUACCCCCCUACAAAGGUGAUGCCAACACAAGAAGUGAUGGCAUCCACCGGACCGGCAUGGGGCAAGGGCGCUUCACUUGUGGAGGCGACCAGCUCACGUUCAAGUCGUGGAUGGACGAUGUCAGGCCGCGAUAAAAUGAGACCCGCAGCAAGUCUGGAUGCACUUCUUUUACAAGCUGGAUGGUAUCCAGUACUUUGGCUACCGCCGGGAACGCGGAAAAAUUUGGGGUCCUGAAUGGAGUGGAGCUGGAAAAGUCGAGAACUUGACUGGAGCGCUCAAGCACAAACUUGACCGACACCUUCGAGGUGGCCAUGCUCCAGUCCAAUGAGUAUGCGGAAAAGAAAUGACGGAUUCCUACCGAUGUCAUGAAGGGGCAACCUUCUCUAUGGUCGUCCCUCAGUUCCGACCAAGAGUUCCAGACUGGGGAGUGCAAUGCAAUCCAAGUACCGAAAACUCUUGGACCUGAAGCCUAAAGAAACUCACCCAAACCACCAACACAACAUGAGAGUGACGUUGCCUGUGAACUUCUACCCGGGCGAUCUCGUGUACUACCGUAGAUCUCAAGUAUCGCGAGAAGGAAGAUCACAUCAGCUAGCGGACAUCCUUAAACGUCAAGUAACAAGAUGGUAUGGUCCAACAAGACUCACGACAAGGGGCCAACGGUCAGCUAAUGUCUCAACUGAAGUUGACGAGAGAGUGGAGAGCCAUUGUGAAGGACCCCAGAAAGUUCAUUGCCAAAUGUGUUGCGCAAGGGAUUGAAGUGUCUUGGCAAAAACUGAACAAGGUGCAAAGACAAACCAUGAAGGAAACAAACCAAGCCAUGAAGGAACUGCCCUCGGCAAGGUUGAUCCGGCAUGGAUCUUGCGGAUGCGCUGGGUCCUUGUUUUGCAAGCAGCUGGCUUUGGACAAGUUAAACCAAAAACCCGCAUCGUCAUUUGGAAUUUUUCAGAUACAAAGUUACAACAUUUUUGACCAUUUUCCGCUUCAGGCAACUCCAAAACCAAAGUUGCUGCCUGGGCAAAGGGCAAGUUGUUCAGAUCAUGCGAGUUGCAUACGGCUUGACAGUGGACUUCGGAAGUUCUACAUUUUUACUUUGACGACAAGAUCUUGCAAGAGUUGGGCCUUGAACGUUGUUUGAUGGAGCCUUGCUUGUGGCGAUGCCGCGCCGAGGUCCAAGGAACCGCUGGCAUGAUUGGAAGCCAUGUUGACGAUUUAAAGAGAUCGGCCUUACAACCCACCAGCUUUGCAGUGAACUUGAUGAGCUGGCCACCGAACAAGCUGAGAAGCGUGUGCCGCCCGUCGUUAAUUGCAGAGGUUCAGGCCUGAGCAGGACCUCAGGGUUUUGAGGACGCAGUGGCAAGAGAUGCUUGGAAAAACCAUCGGCGCCAUUCGGCUUGCAGAGUUUGCUUGCAUGAGCGUGAGUUGUAGAUGCAAAAGCAUUGUUUCAUGCUGCAAAGAAUGGAUCGUUGCAGACGAGUGCCUUCAGUUCGAAAGAUAAACACUCAGUUUACUCAGUUUUUGAAGUCUUUGCCUUGGUUCAAGACCUUGAAACUCAAGGCACGGAGCUGCGAUGGUGCAACUCAGAUGCGCAGCUCGCAGACGGCUUUGCAAAGGGAUAGAGUGAUUUUUUCAGCAACAACACUUGGAGCCCCCACUGUGUUGGAAACUUCGCAAGUGCCCGAAGGCGUACCAGCAGGAAAGCGCACAAAAUCUUGAUGAUGACCCACCAGCCUAUGCCACAAUGACCGCCCUCCUGUACUCUAAAAGCUCAACACAUUCUGCGGAAGGCUGUAGUGGGCGUGCAAGAAUCUAAGGUUCACAAGUGUUUGUUUCUUGUGUGUUCAGCUUUCUGGCAUUAACGUUGAAGCAUUUUCGUCGUGUCCGUGCAUUCUCAAGCGGUGAAUCCGGCCAAACUCCUUUGAACAGAGGCAGGUGCUAUUGCCGCCGCCAUGGGUGGUGAAAAGCGCGCUGGUUGGGGCGUGCGGCUUCGUGAAGCCUUUGCAUCGUUC